CUUUUUUAUUUCACAAUUGAUCUCAACCAUAUCUCCGACUCCUGCAAUUCAAAACCCCAUUCUACCGUCAUCAGAUUUGGCAUCUUCACUCCCGUUUUUUCUCUGUUGCCUUCACGCCGGCAAGUCCUUCGAAUCAUAUCGUGAAGGAUUUUCAGGCUCGUUCGCCGGACGAACGAUCAGCGUAAUCUUCUCCUUCCUCCCCUCGAAGGAUACCAAGUGUAAACCUUCGCCGAUCUCUUCUAUGAGAUGCGAUAUCGAAGUCUUUUACAUAGAAAUAUAUCAAUAGCUUUGAAUCGCUUUCACAAACUUGCUAUAUAUGUGCCGAUUAAUGGUUCCUGGUAAAAAUCUCAUUCUAAUUCAGUGCUCAGCUCUCUGAAUCGUGCGAGAAGGUUUUCCGUCACAGAGUUCACAAAAUUGAUCUUCCACGGGAAUCGUAUGUCCGAACAGGCCUGGAAAAAGCAUAUUUAAGUUUGAAGAGGUUGAUGAGGAGAAGGAUGAAAAGAAAAAGAAGAUCAAAGAGGUUUUGCAUGAAUGGUCUUUGGUGAAAAAGCAAAAGCCAAUCUGGAUGUGGAAACCAGAGGAGAUCACCAAAGAAGAAUAUGCUGCAUUCUACAAGAGUCUCACAAACGACUGGGAGGAGCAUUUCGCUGUGAAGCACUUUUCAGUUGAGGGGCAGUUUGAGUUCAAUGCUGACCUCUUUGUUCCAAAGAGGGCUCCUUUUGACCUCUUUGACACCAAGAAGAAGCCAAACAUCAUCAAGCUCUAUGUCAGUCGUGUAUUCAUCAUGGACAUUGGACAACUGUGAGGAGUUGAUCUCUGAGUACUUGAGUUUUGUCAAGGGCAUAGUCAACUCUGAGGACCUUCCUCUUAACAUUUCUCGUGAGACUUUGCAGCAAAACAAGACCCUGAAGGUCAUUCACAUGAACCUGGUGAAGAAGUGUGUGGAGCUCUUCUUUGAGAUAUCUGAAAACAAGGAAGACUACGACAUAUUCUAUGAGGCUUUCUCAAAGAAAUUAAAUAUAGUGAGGCUUUCACAAAGAACAAAUUAAAAAGCAAAGCUAAAUAAUAUAUUGAAACAUGUAAUGAAUUGAAUUAUAUAUUUGUGGUGAAUGUUAUAUAUGUUAAAUUUGUUGCUUCUUGUUGUAUUGUAUGUGUUGCUUUUUGUUGCUUCUUGUUGCAUUUUGUUUCUUUUUGUUGCAUUUUGUUUCUUUUGUUGCAACGUGUU